AUGUCGAUUUCUCCCUUCCUACGUUCACCGUUUACUGAUAUCACCGGAGGGUUGGUAUCUCAUCAAAUGCUGGGUAAAUGCCAAAAAGAGGAAAUGCGCUACAUGGAUUGCCUGGAAGCGUAUGGUUUAGAACGCGGCCGUAAAAAAUGCGCUUACUUAAUUGAGGAUUUUCAGGAAUGUCAAACAAACACUAAACAAUUCAAGAGAUUUAUGGCUAUGAGAAAAGAACGUGAAAGACAAAUUGCUGAAGGAACAUUAACUGGGGACAAAAAGUAUGUUACUCCCAGAAUUGAUAGUUACUAA